GGUCCUGUCACGGCGCCGGCGUUGUGGUUUCUGGGCGGCAGCCACCGAGAGGACUUUGGUGGGGGAUCCUCAGGGGCAGCCCCUCGGCCAGCUGCGCUCAUCUCCGGCCUCGUUCCCACCCUACAUAUCUCGGCUCGCGGGUCGCGCCGUCGGGCGCGCGUGCGGGUCGGCGCCGCGGCCGCCUUGGGGCCUGGGCCCAGCCACAGCCUCCUCCUCCGCCGCGGGCUCGGAGGGGCCGCGAGAUGCAGCCGCCGGGCCCUCCCCCUGCGUAUUCCCCCACUAACGGGGACUUCACCUUUGUCUCUUCAGCAGACGCGGAAGAUCUCAGUGGUUCAAUAGCAUCCCCAGAUGUCAAGUUAAACCUUGGUGGAGAUUUUAUCAAAGAGUCUACAGCUACUACAUUUCUGAGACAAAGAGGAUAUGGCUGGCUUUUGGAAGUUGAAGAUGAUGACCCUGAAGAUAACAAGCCACUCUUGGAAGAAUUGGAUAUCGACCUAAAGGAUAUUUACUACAAAAUUCGAUGUGUUUUGAUGCCAAUGCCAUCACUUGGUUUUAAUAGGCAAGUGGUGAGAGACAAUCCUGACUUUUGGGGUCCUCUGGCUGUUGUUCUUUUCUUUUCCAUGAUAUCAUUAUAUGGACAGUUUAGGGUGGUCUCAUGGAUUAUAACCAUUUGGAUAUUUGGUUCAUUAACAAUUUUCUUACUGGCCAGAGUUCUUGGUGGAGAAGUUGCAUAUGGCCAAGUUCUUGGAGUUAUAGGAUAUUCAUUGCUUCCUCUCAUUGUAAUAGCCCCUGUACUUUUGGUGGUUGGAUCAUUUGAAGUGGUGUCUACACUUAUAAAACUCUUUGGUGUGUUUUGGGCUGCCUACAGUGCUGCUUCAUUGUUAGUGGGUGAAGAAUUCAAGACCAAAAAGCCUCUCCUGAUUUAUCCAAUCUUUUUAUUAUACAUUUAUUUUUUGUCCUUAUAUACUGGGGUGUGAUCUAAGUCAUAUAUGAGUAGAAAAAGACAAUGUUACCUUUCUGUGUAGGCUGGGAAUUCUUGCUUGAGGGGAUUGAAAAAAACGUAUUGAUGGUAAAAUUUUACAUGUUCCAGAUGUAAAGACAGUCUAAGGUCUUUUUAAAACAAUAUUUUUUUUGUAUUUAAUUAAGCAAUUGUAGUUACCUGAAUAUUUUUGGUCAGAAUUCUGAAUUCUGUUUGAUUCAUCAUAUUCCAGUGAAUAAAAUAUAAAAGCAUUGUGUUUUUAAGAUUGUGUCAAUAUUCACCUAAAAACUUGUGCCAAAAGCACCAGGAAUGGUAAUUAUAUUUCACUUGAAGGGUAAAUAUGACAGCAUCCUGAUAAUCCAGAAGUGCAAUUUUUUUCUUUAAAGGGUUUUCUCCUGCAUUGCAGAUCCUGUAGAUAUAUAUUUAUAUUUAUAUAUGUAUUUAUGAAGUAAUUCUUAUUAUUCACAAAAUGUAUUUCUGAAUAACCUAAAAAUUAAGAUAUUUUAAAUCUGAUGCUUAAACUUUAUUUAAUUUGGCCAUUAAUCUUUUUAUUUAUAAAUU